GGGAAGAUGUCAGCAAUCCAAGAAGCAGCCACAAAAAGCAUCCGUCCGUACAGAUCAAGCGAGCAGUACCUCUAUGCUAUGAAGGAAGACCUUGCCGAGUGGCUGAAGGACCUCUAUGGCCUAGAGAUCAACGUGGCCUCCUUUCUGGAGGUGCUGGAGACGGGCACGGUGCUGUGCCACCACGCCAACAGCAUCUCCCGUGUGGCCAGGGACUUCGGCCAGGCGUUCCCGGGUCUGGCCAGGAAGAUGCCGCUGCCCACCUGCGAGGUGACCUGCAAUGACUUCGCAGAGCCCGGGACGUUCCAAGCCCGGGAUAACGUGUCCAACUUUAUUCAGUGGUGCCGGAAGGAGAUGAAUAUCAAAGAGGCCGUGAUGUUCGAGACGGAGGACCUGGUGCUGCGCAAGAACCAGAGGAACGUCGUGCUGUGCCUGCUGGAGCUGGCGCGGCGCGCCUCCCGCUUCGGCGUGCGCGCGCCCUGCCUCGUCCGGAUGGAGCAGGAGAUCGAGGCGGAGAUCCGCGAAGACCUGCGCCUGCCUCCCGAGGAGAGCCCCCUCCGCCAGCCCCGGGGCGAGCCCGCCGGCCUCGGGAACCUCGACCAGAUAGUCCAACACCUCAUCAGCCGUUGCACCUGCCCAGUCCAGUUUUCCAUGAUCAAAGUGUCGGAAGGAAAAUACCGUGUGGGGGACUCCAGCACACACAUCUUUGUCCGGAUCCUGCGGAAUCACGUGAUGGUCCGCGUGGGUGGUGGAUGGGACACCCUGGAGCACUACCUGGACAAACACGAUCCGUGCCGCUGCACUUCCAUGACCCACAAGCACGCCACCAGGGUGGCCAGUCCCCAGAGGGUGAAGGCCCCGCUGGUCCAGCACGAGAUCACGGCCCGCUUGACGCCGCAGAUGGGCAACCCCGGCAAGCCACAGCCCGCCUUGAUCGUGAGCAGGAGCCAGAGCCCGCUGCCCCCGGUGGAGUGGAUGGCCCUCCCGUCCCAUGGCCUCGGCGCCGGGUGGAAAAUUCUGCCCUCGGCACCACCGGACAACAGCAGCUGUCGUGGUGGCAGGAAAGCGCCCAGCCUGCCGGUUUCUGAGGACCAGUCGGAACCCAGGCGGCCCCCUUCGUUCAGGGCGAGGGAGCGGCCGGCUACUCCGUCCCGAGGUGUGCCAACCGCUGGAGGGAGGCCUGCAUCCAAGCAAACCGUCUCUGCCGUGGAAGGGAGCGGAAGGGAGACCCUCCGCACCUGGCGCCCCUCCCAGCCCAGCGGAAGUGCAGAGCGCAACUCGCAGGGAGCCACAGGCCUCCUGGGGCCAUGGUGUGGUGGGGCGGCCGACUGCAUCCGGAGGACCCCGCCUUCGCCAGCAGAGGCAGCUCAGAGGCUGGCACCCUCCGGAAGAGUGGGGCAGAGGGACAGAGGCUCUCAGCCGCCAGAGAGUGUCCAGCAAGAGGGCAAGUGCUGCCCAAGCAGGCGUCCUCCCACUCCGGCCAAGGCCGCCCAGGCCGCCCAUCACCUGCCGGCAAGGGCCCGGGCAGGAAGCCCAGCGAGGCCGCAAGGAAGGCCCGGUGGGGCGAAGGCCCCGACGGAGCUGCGCCCGCCUUCCCCGGGCCAGGGGUGCACAGGGGAGAGCAGCAGUAAGACCUUGGCUUUCUGUCGGCCCCCGACCCCUGUGAGGCGCUCUCAGGAGGCCUCUAAUUGUAGACAUGGGGGGAGUGCCUCGGCCAAAGACCAGGCCCCCUCGCCAAGCAGAGCAGGCGCGCUCAGGGACGGGCUGGGCCACGAGAAGGCCUGGGGGAAGGCAGGCAGUGAGCAGGCUCCUCGUCGCAGGUUCUUUGGCCACUGCGGUCGGUUUGGCUGGGGGCAGAAAGUGAGGGAAGGUCGGGCCUUUGCGGGGCAGGGGGUUGCCCCAGGACAGGCCGGGGGAAAUCGUCCACAGAGUCUUGGGGACACCCACGGCGUUCUUCUGGAAAAGGAGCAGCUCUACACGCCCCCGCCCAUGAACUUCGCCGAAGAACAAGCCUUGUAUCGGAGUCUGGAGGAUGAGAUUCUGUCCAACAUCAGGGAACUGGAGUCUGACUCGGACAGCAUCCCUGGCGACUUAGAAAGCGAUAUCCUGGCCUCAGGCGGUGACAGCCCCCGGGCGGCCUCGCUGACCUCACCCUUCCGGCAGAGCGCGGAGGGAACCUUGGCCCACAGCGAGGCUGUUCCCCGGAGCGGAGUGUAUGUGCCAGGCAGAGCGACCAGCUGGCACCCAGCUGACCUGCGCUACGACCAGGUGAUCCGAGAACUCUCUGUGGCCUUGCAUCGCGAGCACCGGGAGAAGGAGGGAAGUGCACCUCAGGUGAACUCAUCCCUGGAGAAUGGAAGCCAGGCUCCAAAUACCGUUCUGGAGCAAGAAGAUGCGCAUCGAGUGAAGCCUGUGGCCCCUGAAGGCGCCUGCACUGAGCCAUCUGGCGCAACGUGUGGAGAACCUGCGGAGGUCAGCGGGAACGGUGAUGCCUCCCAAGCAACCCCCGGAGAAACCUCUCUUUCGGAGAGUUCCUCCACCCCGGACACGGCAGGGCUUCCUCCGGAUAAGCCAAGGAGGUCUCUGAAGCAGCCGGAGCGUGUGCCGUCCAUCUACAAGCUGAAGUGGCGGCCCCGGAUCCGGCCCCGCAGGGAUAACAGGCCUGGAAAGAGGCCCUCGAAGAUUCCCAAGCCGGUGACCCACCGGCUCGCUCCGAGAAAAUCCAGCACCCAAAGCCAGGGGAAGUGCCACGGUGCCGAAGACCAUGCCAAGGGGAGUGUGGCUGACACGAAGCAGGAGGACACGGGGAUCCCCGCACCUGAAAGACUUUCGGGGUGCAGCCCGUCCUCCAUGCAGCGUGGGGAGACGUCCCCGUGGGAGGGGGAACUGGGGGCUUCCGAUCAGGGGCCAUCCUGGGUGUGA